CUUUCCUUCCCUUGCUGUUUUCAGGAGAACGUCUCUUCCGAAGCGCAGCCGAACGCCAGCGUGGCCAUCCUGCCCGUGGAGGCCACAAAUGCCACUUGCUCCGUGCGCGUGGCCGCCGUCUCCAGGGGGGGAACGGGACCUUUGAGCAGCCCGGUGGAGAUCUUCAUCCCUGGCAGUGACGCCUCCAGGAACGCAGACUCCUUUAUCAUAGCCCUGGGCUUCGUCUGUGGGACGGUUUCCGUUGGACUGAUCCUCUGCUUGUCUGUGGUCAUCCAGAAAAGAUGCAUGGAAACGAAGUACGGGAAUGCUUUCAGCAGAAAUGAUUCCGAGCUGGCAGUGAACUACACGGCUAAGAAGUCCUACUGUCGCAGAGCUGUUGAACUUACACUGGGCAGCCUGGGCGUCAGCAACGAGCUCCAGCAGAAGCUGCAGGACGUUGUCAUCGACAGAAAUGCCCUCAGCCUGGGGAAGAUCCUGGGAGAGGGGGAGUUUGGGUCAGUGAUGGAGGGACGUCUCAGCCAGCCUGAAGGCCCUGUGCAGAAGGUGGCCGUGAAGACCAUGAAGCUGGAUAACUUUUCCCAAAGGGAGAUAGAAGAGUUCCUCAGUGAAGCAGCGUGCAUGAAGGAUUUCGACCAUCCCAAUGUCAUCAAGCUCCUAGGUGUGUGCAUUGAGCUGAGCUCUCUGCAGGUCCCCAAACCCAUGGUGAUCCUCCCAUUCAUGAAAUAUGGUGACCUGCACAGCUUCCUCCUCCGUUCACGGCUGGAGAUGGCCCCCCAGUUCGUGCCCCUGCAGACGCUGCUGAAGUUCAUGGUUGAUAUUGCCCUGGGCAUGGAGUACCUGAGCAGUCGGCAGUUUCUCCACAGGGAUUUGGCAGCUCGGAACUGCAUGUUACGGGACGACAUGACCGUGUGCGUUGCAGACUUCGGGCUGUCUAAGAAGAUUUACAGCGGCGACUACUACCGGCAGGGGCGAAUAGCCAAAAUGCCAGUGAAGUGGAUUGCAAUAGAGUCCCUGGCCGACCGUGUCUACACCACCAAGAGCGACGUGUGGGCAUUUGGCAUUACCAUGUGGGAGAUAGCAACGCGAGGGAUGACGCCGUAUCCAGGAGUGCAGAACCAUGAGAUCUAUGAGUACCUCUUCCAUGGACACCGCCUCAAAAAGCCCGAGGGCUGCUCAGAUGAGCUGUACGACGUGAUGUCCGCGGGCUGGAGGGCCGCCCCCGCCGAGCGCCCGACGUUCCUGCAGCUCAAGGUCCACCUGGAGAAGCUGCUGGAGAACCUGACGAGACCCGGCCCUGGUGGCCGUGGGCGUCCACGGCGAGGAGCAGUGGGGCGCCAGGGGGGCCCAGUCUCCAAGGUGGCUGCGGUGCCUGCGCCCAUGGAGCGGUACACGGUCGGGCCCGUUAGCUAA